AUGAAAGAGGUGGAGAGGCAAUGCAAAGGCUUUGAAUCUAUGUUGAAUAAAAUUAAACAUAGUGAAAACUACAGCAUUAAACUGACAGAUGAUGAAGCUCUUCAAAAUUUUAUGCAAACAACACAUCCGUUUGGAAAAGUAAACACUUGUACAAUGCCAGAGGUCAAUUUCCAAGCUGCAAAUGUAAAAUUUUCCAGUAGUAUCAAAGCAGAGAAUUUUCGAUUUACAGAUGUGUGUUCAUAUUGUAAGACCCACAUUCUGGCAAUAUCAGAAGAUAAAAACAUGUACAUUUUUUCCUUAUCUGGAAAUCUUAAAAACAAAACAAUGCUGUCUGGAGAACCCUGGGCACUCACUAAAUUCUCGAAGAAGAAAGUUGCAGUAUCCAUAAGAUCGCCGCAUCGCUGCAUCCAAAUUUUGGAAAUAAAACCAAGUUUAAAUCCACUGUCAAAAAAAGAAAUUCAAUUAAAAUUUGAACCUCUUGGAAUACAGUGGGAGGAUAACAUGUUUAUUGUGUCAUCAAAUGAUUCAAUGAUUCGAUGGAUAACUGAUGACGGAACAGUGAAACAAUCUAUUCCAGUGUCCAAAGGAUACAUCUCAGGAUUAUGUUGCCAGUGCACACUUGGAAUAUUAUAUUUUACUAAUGAGUCCCAAAACAAAGGCAAUAUGGUUCAUUAUCCAAAGAGUUUAUGUUUCACUCAGACAAAAGAUAUUUUACAGCUCAAACAACCAGUUGGAUUGUGUUGUGAUUCACAGGACAACAUCUAUGUCGUUGGGCAUACAUCCAAAAAUGUUGUCCAGGUGGAUCAGGAUGGAACAUUCGUGAGAGAGCUCAUACAUGAUGUAGGGGGAAUCAUGUCCGAUUGGGAUAUGGGUGGCAGAGUUUGGUGCUUCUGUCAAAUUGUUUCUGACUUUUCAAAAUGA